UGCUUCGGAAAAUGAAGUAAGAAGCCGCUCCGCCUGCGCCAUCUUACUGCGGUGAGCGCCCAUGAGCAGGAUGCGGGCGGGCACGCUCUGGAGGGUCCUGGCACUCUGGCUCCUCUCAGUUGCCGCCUGGGGACAGGAAGAUGAUGACCACGCUGAUGAUUAUACACAGAAAUUAUUUACAGUCUCCAUCUCUGGAACCCGUGUGGUGCUGACAUGCCCUGUGGAAGCUGAAGGUGGUGACAUACAUUGGGAAAGAGAUGAAAAAAGUCUUCCAAAUACAAAGAAGGAACUAGACCUGACGGAUUUUUCCGAAAUGGAGCACAGCGGUUAUUACUCCUGCUAUGUGGGCACAAAGAACAAGGAGAAUGAGCAUAUUCUCUACCUGAAAGCCAGAGUGUGUGAGGCCUGCAUGGAGGUGGACCUCACGACGGUGGCCUCCAUUGUCGUAGCUGACGUCUGCGUCACCCUGGGCUUGCUGCUGCUGGUCUACUACUGGAGCAAGAACAGGAAGGCCAAGUGCAAGCCUGUGACGCGAGGAGCGGGUGCUGGUGGCAGGCCCAGAGGGCAGAACAAGGAGAGGCCUCCACCUGUUCCCAACCCAGACUACGAGCCCAUCCGGAAAGGCCAGCGGGACCUGUAUUCUGGCCUAAACCAGAGAGGCAUCUGACAGCUCCAGGAGUCACUGCCUCCCGGGGCACAGGUCUGGCUCCUCCCCAGGCACCCUGCUUGUGCUUGGCCCUGGACAAGCCUUGGAGCACCCCAAGAACAUUGUCCCUCAACCUCAUGGUGGACUC